GAUCUUCGAGUUCGUCAACUUCUCUUCGACAAUUUCGCUAGUCUCUUUUGCGCACGAUGAAGACGAUUAUCACGAUACUCGUAGUUUGUCUUGUACAAUGCACGCAUUUACGUGCCGCGCCAAAUCCAGCGAUCUGGGAUUCCUGGAAUACCUGUUUAGUCGGCGUUAAAUCGAUUUCGGUGAUUUUGCACAACAGCCAGUUUCCUGAAGGCAAAAAAAUUGGAGCGGAAGAGUCCUGCGACUACAUCAAUUCAACUCAAAGGAUAAACUUGAUAGUCCACGGCUUUAUGAGUUCCGCAAACGCGACUCGUUUCGAAGACUUGGCUUCAGCUCUUGUAAAGAAAGGCGAGAUCGCAUUUGGGAUAGAUUGGUCUCAAGGAGCCUGUACUGAUGACGUACCCAUCAUUAACACGGGAGAAUAUUGGAAGGCAACGCGGAACACUCGUCAGACAGGUCAACUCGUGGCAAACUUUACCAUUGCCUUGAACAAGGGAUGUGAAAUUCCAUUGGCUAACAUCAGAUAUAUCGGUCACAGUCUCGGCGCACACGUGUCUGGCUUCGCCGCAAAAGCUGUGGAAAAAAGCUUGAAUGACAAAAUUCCGAUUAUUAUAGGCCUCGAUCCUGCUGAUCCUGGUUUCGGUAACAACAAAGAGGAGGAGAGACUCUCUAUAAGUGAUGCGAAACGUGUUGUAACUUUUCACACCUCAAUUCUCGGGAUAAAUAAAAAAAUAGGUCACCUCCUCCUGGAGUUCAACAAUCUGCAACCGGGCUGUAACAGCAUAAAUGUUGCUUGCUCACACAGUAAAUCUAUCGAAUAUCUUACCGAAAUGAUUAAGGGUCAUCAAUACUUCGGAGUUCCUUUUGUUAAUGAAGGAUUCUGGGAAUCUGCAGGAAUCAAAUUACGGAACAUGUUCUCAUCCUCAAAUAAAUCCGAAAAUUCUACAACGGAUUGUAUUACCAUGGAUGAGAGCGUACUACAGAGCGACAGUACCGUGGAGGGACAAUUCCGCAUACGUACUGAGAAUACAAAGGAUACUGUUAACUGCAAGCAGUAACAAUAGCAAGCCGUGAACUAAAAACAUGUCAUUAUAACAGAAACAGAGCUUUAUAAUGCAUAAUUGUAAAUAAUUAAAUCGUUUGAUCAGCA